UCCCUAUUGGCUGAGUCAGCUGGGUGACGUCAUCGGGACGUACUAAGACUAGGGCUGGGCCAGGAACCGGAGCCAUUACUGCAGGAAAAGGUCCCGCAGAGCCGAGCGUCAAGAUGUGUGACUUCACCGAGGAUCAGACCGCAGAGUUCAAGGAGGCCUUCCAGCUGUUUGACCGAACGGGGGAUGGCAAGAUCCUGUACAGCCAGUGUGGGGACGUGAUGAGGGCCCUGGGCCAGAAUCCCACCAACGCCGAGGUGCUCAAAGUCCUGGGGAACCCCAAGAGUGAUGAAAUGAACGUGAAGGUCCUGGACUUUGAGCACUUCCUGCCCAUGCUGCAGACUGUGGCCAAGAACAAGGACCAGGGCACCUACGAGGACUAUGUCGAAGGCCUUCGGGUGUUUGACAAGGAAGGGAACGGCACUGUCAUGGGUGCUGAGAUCCGGCACGUUCUCGUCACCCUGGGUGAGAAGAUGACAGAGGAAGAAGUAGAGAUGCUGGUGGCAGGGCAUGAGGACAGCAACGGUUGUAUCAACUACGAAGCGUUUGUGAGGCAUAUCCUGUCGGGGUGACCGGCCCGUGGGGCGGAGCUUGUCCGCAUGGUGCUGAAUGGCUGAGGAUGUCCCCCAUGUGCGUGGACGCUGCACCGUCCUUGUGGGAGACUAGGUGUAGCCUGGAGGCUUCCUAGGUUCUCUUGUCACAGUAUUUUCCCCAGAUUCUCUCUCUCGGAUACGUCUGCCAUCAGCAUUCACCAAAUAAACUUGUUCUCUGCUCUA